CGCCCCCGCCUCACCGACCCCCCCCCCCCCCCCCCCCCGGGAACCAAUUAUAAAACGGCAGCGUGGGGGCAGGAGGAGAAGCAAGGCAAUCAAUCAGUACCAGCUACCUCCUCCGCUUGCUUCCUCCUCCCUCCCACCGUGCGUCGCCGAUCGAGGACGAAGAUGGGGAGCGGCCUGCUCCCGCUGGCGCUGCUCGUCGUCAUCUCCGCCGCCGCCGCCGCCCCCCAGCUCGCCGGAGCGGCAGGGGGAGGCCAUUCCCUAGGAAUCAUCCAGAAAGGCAUCAUACAGACGGUCAACAACCAUCCCAACGCCGGAUGGACGGCUGGACACAACCCCUACCUCGCCAAUUACACUAUUGAGCAAUUUAAGCAUAUGCUGGGAGUGAAACCAACACCUCCAGGUUUACUGGCUGGUGUUCGAACCAAAACUCAUCCAAGGUCAGAGCAGCUCCCAAAGGAGUUCGACGCCAGGUCGAAAUGGUCCGGUUGCAGCACAAUUGGGAAAAUACUUGAUCAAGGUCACUGUGGUUCCUGUUGGGCUUUUGGAGCUGUGGAGUGUCUGCAAGAUCGUUUCUGCAUCCAUCACAACAUGAACAUUUCACUUUCUGCCAAUGACCUAGUGGCUUGCUGUGGGUUUAUGUGUGGUGAUGGUUGUGAUGGAGGAUAUCCUAUCAGCGCAUGGCAAUACUUCGUCCAGAAUGGUGUUGUUACUGAGGAGUGCGAUCCAUACUUUGAUCAGGUUGGCUGCAAGCAUCCUGGAUGCGAACCUGCUUAUCCUACACCUGUGUGUGAAAAGAAAUGCAAGGUGCAGAACCAAGUUUGGCAGGAAAAGAAACAUUUCAGCAUCGAUGCAUACCAAGUAAACUCUGAUCCACAUGACAUCAUGGCAGAGGUCUACAAGAAUGGCCCUGUAGAAGUUGCUUUCACAGUUUAUGAGGACUUCGCACACUACAAGUCAGGAGUGUACAAGCACAUCACAGGUGGCGUCAUGGGAGGUCAUGCCGUCAAGUUGAUUGGUUGGGGAACCAGUGAUGCUGGCGAGGAUUACUGGCUUCUUGCAAAUCAGUGGAACAGAGGCUGGGGUGAUGACGGAUACUUCAAGAUUAUAAGGGGCAAGAAUGAAUGUGGCAUCGAAGAAGAUGUUACAGCCGGUAUGCCCUCGAUGAAGAACAUCGCCGGUAGCGCCUUUGCAAUGUGAAGUUUGAGCAGCGCCUCGUCCUCUGAUGCAGCUGGAAUUAGCUAUUUGCCUGUCAAAUUAAGCGGGCAAACUAGCAUUGAUGGUUCCAGGACUAUGUAUUCUGUGCACUAGCUAUGGAUGUGCCCGUUAAUAACAAUGAAGCAGUUUUUUUUUGUUGAAA